UCCCCUGGAAUCACCUGGAAUCAGUCACCUGGAAUCAACAGUUCUUCACAGAGACAUCUUAAAGUCCAGCAUGUGGCCCCUGCUCCUGGUGUGUGUGUGUGGUCUUCUGCUGCGAGCUGACACACAGGACCGAGCUUCUCUGUGGAGAGGGAACGACCGGGGGGGGCGAUGCCAGUACACCUUCACUGUGCCCAGCCCUGUGGAGUCCAGCUGCCCCCAGACCGGAGGCCCGGAGGUGGAGGGUCUGAAGGCCAGACUGGGCCUGCUGGAGGCGCUGGUGUCCCGGCUGACUGCGGGGGACACCGGGGGCCCCCAGACGGCCGGAGCCGAGUCAGGGCUGCAGGAGGCGCUGAACCGGGUCGUGGGGGAGAGGAACCUGCUGCAGGGGGAGAAGGAGCGUCUGGAGAGGGAGUUGGGGGGGCUUCAGAGCAGGAUGGAGGAGAUGAGGAGGGAGACGGAGAAGCUGAGGAACAGACCCUGUCCUCCACACACCUCCAUGGUGCCACCCAGCCCCUCCCUGCAGAACAGGGGCCUGAUGAGACCGGCAGGGGGUUCCAGUCAGAUGUCUCACCUGAUGACCAGGCCCAACAGACAGGGGGACAGCAGCAGUCUGAGAGACCCAGUGUGGGAGUACAGAGCUCCAGGUUUCCAGGAGCUGAAGGCCGAGGUGACGGAGGUCCCUGCUCCUGACGGCUCCGAGGACAACACAGGCUGUGGGGAGCUGCUGUCAGUGGCUGAACCCGUUACUCACAGGAAAGCUGACAACAUCGCAGGUAAAUAUGGCGUCUGGAUGCAGGACCCUGAGGCCGUCUCUCCUUAUGGACCCGACAUGGUCUGGCGCAUCGACACCAUUGGCACGGAGGUCAGACAGAUGUUUGGAUACGAGGACAUGGAGCAGCUGUCCAAAGGCUUUCCGUCCAAGGUGCUGCUGCUGCCAGAGCUGAUGGAGAGCACGGGCGCCACUCUGUACCGCGGCUGUCUCUACUAUCAGAGACGUCGCAGCCGCACCAUCAUCCGCUAUGACCUGGCGUCUGAGAGCAUCGCAGCCCGCCGUGAACUCCCCCACGCCGGCUUCCACGGCCAGUAUCCCUACUCCUGGGGAGGCUACACGGACAUCGACCUGUCGGUGGACGAGCAGGGGCUGUGGGCCGUCUACUCCACCAGUAAAGCAAAAGGAGCCAUCGUGAUCUCGAAGCUGGACCCAAACACUCUGGAGGUGAAGAGGAGCUGGGAGACCAACAUCAGGAAGAACUCAGUGGCCAACUCCUUCAUGAUCUGCGGGAAGCUGUACACCGUGUCCAGCUACGCGGCGCCCAACACCUUCAUCAACCACAUGUACGACACUGCCAGCAGCCAGGGGAAGGCCGUCGCCAUCCCCUUCAAGAACAAGUACCGCUACAACUGCAUGAUCGACUACAGCCUGGCCCAGAGGAAGCUGUUCGCCUGGGACAACUUCCACAUAGUGUCCUAUGACCUCAGGCUGGGCCGCCAGCAGGCCGACUGAGGCCGACACUGUGGCGUUGAAAAGUGACAUUGGCUCGCCUGUUCCCGCUUCAAAGACUCAAACGUGUGUGGUAGCAGUAGUUAGACGCUAACACCGUCAGUAAAGUGUGAAAUGAGACGAUGGAGGAACAGCGUCGCCUGCAGGUGUGCUGUGACUGUGGCGUGGUCCACAGGUGUUUGUAGAGGAAUUAUUUUUGUACCGCCUUUAAUUCAGAUGUAUGAUUUUCUUGUUUUGUGUUAAGCCAUAUUCAAUAUUAUUAUCUGAGGUCUAAAAGAUGAAGCAUAUUUCAGUAUCAGCAGCUACGUGGGAUCAUUAAAGUUUACAACACACUCCUCUGUUCCACCACUCAACAUCUCCUUAGUGAACUGCUCUCACUCAGCAUGUAUUGAAUGUUGCAUGUACCUGUGCACUGUAGUGACAAACAUC